CAUCUGUGCGUCAAUCUUUACGUUGGAGGGGUUGUGGCCCUUGAUUGAUGAAGAAGGGCAUGGAACUGAUUCACCUAACACCACGCGAAAAAAAGUGCGCACCUGACCUGAGUCCGGGCCUGCCGGUCCUUCCCUCACUCUCUUUUGACUCGUAGGAACGUCGACAGUGGACAGAUUCCGGUGGCAAGCCGGCCGGCGGUAUAGUCGGAAAAGAAAGGGUCCUCGAGGCUCCAGUUCAACUCAACUCAAGCCUCGCCGGUACGUGUGGCGUUGCGGGACAGAUUGCGUGGGGGUGUGAGGCAAGAACGUGUUGCGUAACGACGUCCUUCUUUCACCCCGCAGUGUUAACGCCUCCCGGUUAUUACAACAAUGCCCUCUCGAAACGCUGAAGGGAACAUCAAUUGUAAUUGCAAGAGGCUUAGGCAAGCAGGUAACUUGGUAAUUUGCGACUGGCGGGGGCUUCCCGCAAGUCAGUUCUUGGGGGCGCCCUUCGUUUGCAGCUCUAGUUCGCUUCCUCGGCACUUCUCCGCGGUAGCCAUCUCUCUCCCUCUCGCUCCCCCUCUCAUCUCUCUCGCGCGAAGACCGUAGCAGGGCUUCUGCGGCAUCGCUCCCGCUCCAAGCUAACAGAACUCUCUCUCUCUCUCUCUGUGGAAUGAAUCGGGGAAAGAGUUCGGGGAGAGGGGGGAGGAAGAGGAGGAGAAUCUAUUGCUCGGACGAUUCUGAUGAGGAUUUUGUGGUGGAUGAGUAUGAAGACAAUGAUGACAUGGAUCACGCUGAUGACGGUCACGAUGGAUUGAGCAGCUCCGACGAGUCAGACGCAAAAGCUAGACGGAAGAACCCGAGAAGGAAAUUGUCGAGGCUUGGAGUGAGGAGGUGGAAAAGAAGAGGCAGACUUUCCCGCGAGAAAGUCGAUGAAGACGACGAAGAAUUCGAUCCCGGAAUGGAGUAUAUCACCGAGGAUGAGGAAUCGGUUGUUGUGCGGAAGGCGUUGGUCAAUAAGCAGGCGAGGAACAAGAGGACUAGAAACGUGGCGAGUUCUACUAGCCGGAAGACCGUUCUGAAGUCCAGGGUUACGAAUAAGAGGAAGAGGCACGUGAAGAGGAGGAUAAUGAAACCAGAAGAUGGUUUUCUAGCGGGUGGAGAAAGGCUUGGUAGGAAGAGGACAAGAUUGAAGACUAAAUGCGUCAAAAAACAAACUAGGCGGACCAGGAAACCAGAGCCUCCAUUGGAUUCGGACUCGGAUUUCAUAGUUUCUGAUGCUGAAAUUGAUGUGCUAACAGAUUUGUCCGUUGGUGGAACGUUAGAAACUCGUUCGCGAAGUUCACGGUGGUUGAGGAAGCGUCAGGCUGCUUGUCAAUCUGAACAUCAGUUACAGAAAGGAAGGAGGUCGAAGCGGGCUGCAAAAGUUGAUGGAGCCGACGACAACGGCAACGCAAAGACCUUGAAUUUGUGUAAGCAAGUCUGUGGCAUUUGUCUAUCGGAAGAACGAAGGGAGACCGUUCGUGGUACGCUGAACUGUUGCGAUCAUUUCUUCUGUUUUGCUUGUAUUAUGGAGUGGUCGAAGGUGGAAUCUCGUUGCCCGAUGUGCAAGCAGCGCUUUGUAUCCAUCAAUAAAUCUUCAAAAUGGGGAAUUGGAGAUGUAUCAAUUAGAGUACCCCGCAGGAACCAGGUUUACCAACCAUCUGAAGAGGAGCUGAGGAGCUAUCUAGAUCCUUAUGCAAACAUAGUUUGUAUGGUAUGCCACGAGGAGGGUGAUGAUAACCUUAUGCUGCUCUGUGAUAUCUGUGAUUCCUCUGCUCAUACUUACUGUGUUGGUCUUGGAAGAGAAGUUCCUGAAGGCAAUUGGUACUGUGAAUGUUGCAAGACUUUUGACCUCAGAGCAUCAAACUUGCAACGGGACCAAGAUCCUACGACAGAUCAGCUUGCUGACUGUAGUUUGUUUUCUGACGGGUCUGUUGGCAGUGGUGGUUUGGACAUUCCUAUGCCUUCCUAUUCUGUCUCUGAAUGUUUAAUAACCUCGCCAGUUCAUUAUCCCUGUCGAAGGGGUGAUUUGUCUCCUCAAUCUCCCUUCUGUGAAGAUCUUGGGAUCACAUCACAGGUGUCAGGGUUUGGUGCUUCAACUGUAAUGAGUAGGCGCACGUUAAGACACCAGAUCCACAGAUUGAUAACUAAUAACAGGAUGGGUCAAACUCUUGAUUUAGCUGAUAUAAGAAAUAUGCCAAUAAAUGCAACCUUUGGAAGUGAUGCAAGCAAAUUUGAAAUCGAGGAAGAUGAUGGAGAAAAGGAAGGUUUUGGAGGAUUGGAACAUGAUGGUCUUUGUGAUCAUGUUGAUAAUGGUGGUGGCAGAUUUGGCACUUUCGGUUUGGCAGAUAGCUUUGGAGAAAGCUCCUCAAGGCAACUGCAAAACAGGGAAUUCUUUUCUAGUAAAAAUUCGAGUUUGGACAGUUCUGACACUUGGUGCUUAGUCAGCUGCACUGCUGUCAAUGCGGAUGGCAGCAAUGCGUUCCACAAUCAGGCGGAGGUAGUUCAUUCAGAAGUGGUAUAUUCUGACGGAACACAAGGUGUAGAAAAAGGCCCUAUCGUUGGGUUAAAUGAGGGAAAGAGUUCACAAUUGCAAGAUGUAAAAGAGCAGGUCUGCACCUUGGUUAAACGUCAUCUCAAAUCUUUUGCCAGAGAUGCUCAUAUAGAUCGUUGUGAGUUCAAGGAUAUUGCGCGGAGAUCAACCCACACAAUUGUGGCCGCUUAUGGAUACAAGUGCUCAAGCAGUAUGGCUAUAGUGGUUCAACCACCAAGUUGUUGUCACACACCAGAUAGUUUUGGUUUGGCAAAUUUGGCGAGGCAUUGCUGCUUCAAUUGCUUCAAUAACUUUGUAGGUGGGGUGGUGCGGAAGAUCAUGAAGAGUGUCUUAAACUCUUGAAAAGCACACACACAGCGUAAUUCUUCAUGUUGGCUUGUUUUUCAUUAAGUCAACUAGUCUUAACCUCCUUGGCAGUUUAUUAUUAUUAUUAUUUUUUUUUUAUUUGUGGUUUUUUUUGUAGAAAAUCUCCCAACAGUUGUAUGAUUGUCGAUCGGUAGAAUUUUAUUCACAUUGUCUUUCUGCAUAAUGAUCGUGCAAGUGAUGGGAUCUGUUUUGUCCCCAUCCAAUUUGCGGACUUACCUUAUAUACAGGUGUGAAGCAAUCGACUUCGUGGGAGUUGUAAUCAGGGCGAUACAUGAAUAUAGGAAAUAAGAUUGGAUACGACCUUUUCAUUCA